AAUAUUUUCGCAAUCUUUCGCGAUUUUGUGAAUAUGUCUAAGCAAUUUGUUGGGUUCUCUGACGACGAUAUUUAUAAAAUCACUCGCCAAGCGACCAGUAAAGAUGCAGCCAGGAAAUGUGAAGUAUUGUCGCGUCCGCACAAAAAACUGCCCCAAGCACCACCCGGUGCAGUGAAGUUCAUGCCUCCGCCCAUAAUUGACAAUGGAAACAACUUGAGCUGCGUUGAUUCGAGCAUUUAUCCCAACCACCCGAUUCAGCAGGCAGUCGCUUUUAAGCCGCUGCCCGUUAUGAUGAAAGUCCCAGAAGAUGAAUCCAUUCUCGUUCUUCCUCACCAACCCAUGACCAGCCAGGUAACGGGCAACAUUCUCGCCGCCAAUACACCGGUCGGCGGUUUCAAACCGCCCGGCGACUUGGUUACUCCUUUUAAAGGCAUGUCGCUGAAGGACUUUGAACAUCAAAGAAAGCUGAUGGAAGAGCAAAAUCGUCAGAAACGCGAAAUUCUACACAAGGCAAUCGAACAGCACGCACAGAAAACGGCCGCAGAGGCAAGUAAAAUACAGGAGAUUAAAUCGGAACUCACCAAACUAGACUCGGAGCUCGCCGCGGAUGUUGCAAUCUUGCGGAAGCAAAUUGAUGCCGCAAGUGUACAUUUCACCAACGUGGAGAAAAACUACCUCAACAUUGAAAACCUUUUUCUCAAAGCUAAGGUAGAACUUCACCAAGCUUUGGAGAAGAAGGAAAUGCUUACCGAGCAUCUCUGUGCAAUCAUUUCUCACAACGAGGAACGCAAAGCAAAGCGGCUGUCCGACCUGAUGGAAAAGGUAGGUAUUUCCGUGAACGGGGACUUGGACGAUACUAUCAACAGUAACAGCACUGUGGCAACGGACGCGAACAACAGUACUACACAUUCUAUGGGAAACUGAGACCACCACCGUUGUUCAUACCCCUUACACGCUGUAAUGCGAGGCCAACAGCAGCGAUUCAGAUGCAACAUCUGAAUUUUGGCAAAGAACCUUCUGUCCUAGGCCUUUGCUAUUACGUCGUGUUCUCCUCAAUUCUCUACAAAACGGCUGAAUGGCCGAGAUAUUGUUAACAAAUGCGAAUUGUCUUAAUAACCCUUUCUUUAAGAAGUUAAACAAUUUUUUCUAAGAAAUAGAGACACAAAAAAGAGUUUUACACAAGAGCACCUUAAAGUAUUGUUUUUUAGAAUAGCUAUUGCAUUU